AUGGCGUCUCUUGUGACUAAAAACGGUUACAUUAUAUGCCAUUACAAAGAUCAAUACUUUUUACGAAAUGUUCGAAGAUUAGAUCUCCUUCUCCUGCCAGGUGGCGGAGAAGUAAAUCAAGGGAAAGAGAACGUGAACGUGAACGGGAUAGAGAAAGGGAUAGACGAAGACGGAGAUCUAGAGAUAGGAGAAGAAGAAGAUCAUUGGAAAGAGAUUCACAUCGAUACAGAGGAAGAAGCAGAAAGGUUGAAGAAUAAAGCUAAAAUUGCAGUCAAUGAAAGGCCAGUUAUAUCAGAAGCAGAUCUUCAAGGAAAAACUGAAGAUGAGCAAGAAAUGAUGAAAAUGAUGGGAUUUUGUAGUUUUGAUUCGACUAAAGGUAAAAAAGUUGCAGGGAAUGAUGCUGGUAGUGUUCAUGUCAUUUUAAAAAGAAAAUAUAGACAGUACAUGAAUAGAAAAGGUGGUUUCAACAGACCAUUAGAUUUUGUCGCCUAA